CAGAGCCAAGAGGUGGGACAGGGGGCAAGCUGAGUCCCAAGAGCUCCGUUACCCAGUUUUCACUCACAAAUUCCAAAGUACCAACACGGAUUUUUAACCAAAUCUCGCUUCACACGGGUUCGGUACACUCCCCUGAACGUGAUUUUUUCCAACCCUUAGUUUUACUAGCGGCGUCUGUUUCGUCUGCUAGUGGAAGAAAACAACAAGGGAUAGGGAGGUAUCUUCUCAAAAGUGCAAGGAUUUCUGUGAAAUUAAAUACAUUUUAGUUGAUGUCAACACUCUUUUCUCCGUUCCCGAUCACUUUCCUACUUUACUGAAGCUUUUGUAAGCAGUAUUCAAUUUCAUUUCAAUAAUUAUGGCAAGUCGAAUAGCUGCAGCAGCCACAGUAAGAGCUGUCAAAGGAAGGAAACUUUUACCAACACGAGCUGCAUUAGUUCUGACUCCUAGUGCUAUAUCCAAGGUGAAAUCCAUUCUAGAAGGUAAACCUGAAUUUGUGGGCCUCAAGGUUGGCGUCAGACAACGAGGAUGUAAUGGCCUUAGUUACACUCUAGACUAUGCCACGGGUAAAGACAAACUUGAUGAGGAAGUAGUACAAGACGGCAUUAAAAUUUUCAUAGACAAGAAAGCCCAACUGACCCUCCUUGGUACUGAAAUGGAUUAUGUAGAAACACAGCUGUCUAGUGAAUUUGUUUUUAACAAUCCUAACAUCAAAGGUACUUGUGGCUGUGGUGAGAGCUUUUCGAUUUAAUUCAACAGACAUAAGAGUGACAUGACACUUCUCUUGAAAGGAUAUUCAUACAUCUAAAGAUGCUAUAACUGACAUUCAAAUCACUGUUUGCACAUUGCUACAAAUUUUUUGAAGCAUCUAUGAGUGAGAAAACUAUGUAAACUCUAUAAUUGUAUCAGGUUCUUUACCAUUGUUCAGCCAUCUAGUCAUAAAUAUAUUCUAUAUUUUUGAAAAACUUA